CCGGCGCGGUGGUCGGGAAGUCGUAGUCGUCGUACUUGGACUGGGGAGCGGCCAUUGUGACGGUGAUGAGGGAUGAAGAGGUGUGAGGGAGGGGAAGAGGGAGGGUUUAAGAACAGUCAAGAGGCCCGUGGACGGGAAGGUUUGCAGUUCAGGAGGGAUGAGGAGAGAGGAGAAAUUAGGCGGUGCAGGGGGGGGUAGGGGGAGUGGGGAGGGACAAUUAAGCGGGAUGUCGCAGAUAGCGUUAAGGGGAAGGAGGAGAGGAGGAGGAAGACUUCCCAGACGAUCGGAACUGGAAAUCAACCAAGAGGCGGAGGGAAAGGAAGAAAAUCGAGAGGAGGAGACCAGCAAGAAGAGGGAAAGUCGAGAAGGCGGACAGAACCAGCAGGCUAGACGGAAUCAGAGUUACUUUGGAACCGCCGGGCACGUCCUCAUACAACGACUCUCACCUCACCUACGAUGACUACGACGACGACUACGACGGAGUGACUGCAGAGUACAGACUGACUGACUGCCGACUGAGG